UACCAUCGGAGCCGGCUCGCAGCGCUGUGCCGACUGCCCGGGCGCUCGGCAGCGCAUCCGAACGAACGAAACGCACCAUAGAGAACACGCGGCCGUGUUUACGAACGCAACCCACCCCGUAUUCGAAUUUUGAAAUUUGAAUUUCAAAUUUGGAAAUCAGUUUUGUGCAGUGACGAUUUGAGUUUGGAUUUUGAUUGGCGAUUGAGCCGGACUUUGGAGGCUGAUGAAUCUGGGAAUUUGAAGAAACAAACAUGGCUCAAAAUGGGUACGGCCCAGUGGCGGGACAUGGCGGGAGAAUACCAAACUUCGGGAAAACUCAGGUCAAUCCCAUGGGGAACAAUGAACCACCGGCAUGCAUCCAGAACGCAAUGAUGACGAAGGACAAGAAGCCUUUCACCUACACGCCAGGAGGACUCGACCUCUCACAAAUUCGCACACCAAGUAUGGCAAGGAGGCUGGCACGUCAACGGUCUUUGGAAGACCAAGAACAGGCUCAUGCACAAUACGGCGGUGGAAACUACCAUCCGCAAGGAGGACCAGGAGGACCAGUUCCACCACCACCACCACCUCCACCAUCUAAAAUCCCCGCACCCCCUCCUCCACCCCCAAUUGUCAUUGACGUACCACAAUCCAAAUCUCCAAAACCAGUUGCUCUUGGUGAACGACCCGAAAUUGUGAUUCCAGAGAACCCCAUUGGAAUGUUAAGAAAAACGAACAGUCCUUACCAUUGGGAAGCUGAAAAAGCUGAACUUCAACGAAUGGGACAAGUGCCCAAAUUCCAAGAAAAAGUUCCAAGCCCUCUUACAGUUAAAAUGCCCCCGUCUACCUUCACGCAGCAGCAGCCACAAACGUAUACCCCACCCGGACAAAACCGGCAGAAUUAUUAUGGUAACCACACCCCUGAAAGUCCCCUUCACAAGCCAGAGGCACAGUAUGCUCACCAAAAAUCUAAUUCCCCCAAUGUCAAUGGCUCGCCACCUAUGAGAGAGGUCUUGCAAAGACAAGAUUCUCAGUUCAACAAAAGUCCCCAGCCUUUUGCAUCUCAGUCACCGUUUAGUAACGGUUCUACUUAUUCACCUAGCCCUAACAAUAACUGGAGGCAACCUGAAAAGAGAGAUUCGCCGCUAGCUAAUGUAAAUAAUAGUCCACUUUCACCUCAAUUCCAACGAGGCCAAUAUUCUCCUGCUUCUCAACAACACUCUCCAAAUUAUCAAAACCAGUCACCAUCUUCCAACAGUGGACCUCAGUUUCAUACUUUACCUAGGGCUGGUCAAAGAAAUCAAGACAAUUUCGUAAAUAACAAUCAGAACAAUAAUGUUAUUUAUAAUAACACUCGGGAAGCAAGUCCUAAGGUAGAUCCAGCGCCUUGGCGAUCCAAUACCCUUAACAGACAACCAGGUGAGCCUGAAAAUGUGCAAAACAUCUACCACAAUAGUCCGAACGUGAAUCAACAGCCAACGUAUACCCCUCCGUGGAAGUCAAAUGAUUCUAAUAAUAAUAAUGAUAACAGUUACAUUCCUCCUUGGAAACAAGAAAACAGAAACACAAGUAAUCAAGCUACAAAUCAACAGUACACACCUCCAUGGGUUGCAGCACAGGAGGCGAAUAGCAAUAGGGAACAAGAAAAUUACAAUGCUCCGUGGAGAUCUCAAAACUAUGAAAGGACAGGACCUGCAUCACCUCCAUCUAGGCCAAGUCAACCCGAACAGCCGCGGUAUCAAUCUACAAUGUCUAUACCAGUGACACCGAAGAGGCAGAACCCACAGCCUGAAUACAACAACACUCCUCCUCAAAAAGAAGUGGUUUACGUUAAUCAGGAACCAGUUUACUUCUGCCCCGAUAGUCCCAAGUCAGUGCCACCAUGGGUAAAAACACAAAAAGAAAAGACUAAGACUCCUCCUCCAGUUUGGGUUCAAAGACCCUUGGACGGCAGGAGAAGUAUACCCCGUGAACUAGCAACUCCUCCUCGUGACUCAAAUCAAGAGCCGGAAUGGGUGAAAAAGAGUAACGAGAUGCAAAGGAAUGCUCGUGAAGUGGUCAGUCCUCCCAAAUACCAGCAAACAGCGCAGCCCACAUGGUCUACGCUACCAUCCGAAAAUAGGAAGAGUGUGACGAGGGAAACUGGCCCUAGCUCCCAGGGUAAUCGUGUAAUUCCUAUACAAAUGGAAGUGUCGAGCACGGAAACAAGAGAUGGAAGACAAGGUCACCAUCAGCAGCCUCAGUUGAGGAUUGUGAUUGAUAUGCAGCAGAAUCCCAACGCUCAGAAUCAGAACCGUUCACAAGUGCCAUUUUCUCCACCGACACAGCGUAUCAUGAGGGUUUUAUCCCCGCAGCUGGUGAGACUAGAUGAUGGUCCAGCUCAGAAUGAGCUUCCAUCACUGAAUAGGAACUUCCAAACCAGUCAGGACAACCAGCCCAAGACAAGGAUAAUCCCUAUUCAAAUAGAAGGUGGUGGCAAUGGCGGCGCAAACAAAAGGGUUUACUACCACAAGUUCACCCAAGAAGGGCCCCCACGGCAGUCGAAGGCUUUCAAGGUUCUCCAGAUCAUCACAGGCACCCAGGACCAGGACGACAUCCAGACCAUGGAAGACCACCAUGGAUUUACGGACUUAUAACAAAAAAUGUAUAGGAAUAGUGUAGUAACGACUAACCUCUUUAUAUGGUUUACUAAAGUGGUAGGUAUAACUGCAUUAUAUUUAUGUUGUACCUAAAAUUAAUAUUUGCCUAAUGAACACUAAUGGUUGUUGAUUUGGCUAAUAAUAACGUUAAUAUAGUUACAAAUAUAUUGAAACGUAUACGACAUCUUAAUAUAGCAAAGUAUGUUAACAACACUGUAAUACGGUAACGAAGAUUUAUUUAUAAAACAGGAAUCCCACCAAAAACACCUGAAUUCUUAUUUAAAAAUACAAAAAAAAAAUGUGCUGAUUCCUGUCUACUAAAUAAUAUUGUUAUCGUCGAUGUAUAGGAAUUUAGUAUUUUAUUAAGAAAUAACUCAAAUAAAAAUAAAUUCAAACUCAAAUGUCUUGAACAAUAUUUUCCGUGUUUUGUAUUAUAGUUAUUAUUAAUAUUAAGUUAAUAAGUAUUACGUGUAUUAAACCAUAAAGUUAUACAUACGAUUCGAAUAAUGACUAAAUUAUUGGUAUUACGUUUCAUAUAUUAAUACUAAUAUUACAGUAAAUAAUGAACGCAUUGAACUGAUAAACUCUACUGUCUUUCUAGGUAUUACCCUAGACUGUAAAUUACAAUGGGGCCCCCAUAUUGCUGCCUUGGCGGGAAGACUUAGUUCAGCUGCCUUUGCGGUGAGAAAGAUCAGAAACUUGACUGAUGUUGAAACAGCAAGGCUUGUAUAUUUUAGUUAUUUUCAUAGUAUUAUGUCUUAUGGUCUUUUACUGUGGGGCUCAGCAGCAGACAUAGAAUCAAUUUUCAUUUUACAGAAAAGAGCUGUUCGGGCAAUAUACGGUCUUAAACCACGUGACUCGCUUAGAGAAGUUUUUAAAGAAAUCAAUAUAUUGACUGUGGCUUCGCAAUACAUAUUUGAUAACAUUAUGUAUGUCCGUAAACAUAUACAUUUAUUUACUAAGAAAAGUGACGUCCACUCAUUUAACACGAGACAUAAGAAUAAACUUGCUGUUCCAUCAUUUAGGUUGCAUAAGAUAGGUAAUUCAUUCUUGGGGAAAUGUAUUACCAUAUUUAACAAAAUACCACACAACCUUGUCGAAUUGCCAAUAAACAAAUUUAAGAUACAUAUAAAAAAUACCCUUAUGUCCAAAGGGUACUACAAGGUUCGAGACUAUAUUGAUGACAAGGAUGCGUGGUCAGUUCAGUCUGCACAUAUUUGAUGUACUUAAAUUUGACUAUUCUUACCGUUAGAUAAUUCCUGGCAAUAAGUGGUGACUGAGUUUGUUCCGGCGUUUCUUCUCAGCACUUGCCAUAUGUUUGUCUCGAAGCGCUGGUAGGGCCCAAAAGAUAAGGAGACAUGUAAAGUGCCCCAUAAGGGCUACCUUUUUCUUUUUUUAUUAUUUUCUAUUGACGUUCAUAAGUGCCACUUGUGGUCUAAACUGAAUAAAUAUUUUUGAUUUUGAUUUUUGAUUUUGAUUUUUGAUAUUAAUAUGGUGCGAGACGAAAUAUGUUAUUUUUUUAAUUAAAGUUAAUUUAUUUUUCUUUAAUAAAAAUGAGAUCAAAAAACGAGAUGUAGCGAUUAUAUUUUUAUUUAAAACUGUUUUUACACAGAUUUAUUUUUGUUUAUCACCGAUAUUAACAAUGGUAGGUACCUAUAAUACAGUAAUUAAAUUAUAGUAUUUAAUUGGCUUUUUAAUUAACAUAAUAACGAAUAACAAUAUGUAUUACAAAUACAUAAUUGUAUACUAAAUAUAAGUAGAUUUUAUUAUAUAAUAUAAAAACGAAAUCAAUGGCGAAAAACCAAGGUUUUGCUUUUUAUUUGUGAUUAUAAUCACUGUACGGCUAUUUACCAAAGAAAUUAGUAGUUAUAUUAGUAAAAUAUGUCAUAUUUUAUUUAUUUAUUUAUAUUAGUGUGUAAGUUUAGAUAACUAUUUAGUAACAUAGUGGUGUUACCAAUUAUUUAAGUAUAAUAUAUUUUGUAUAUAUUUAUUUAUAUAUUCUGCUGACUAACACAAAUAUACGAUCGUAAAAAGUAGGUUACGAUAUCUUAUAUGAGUUGACCCUUUUAUGUUUAUUAUGUGUAUGAUAAAUAUUUAUACAAAUACCAUAAAAUGUUUAUGACACUUUUUAUAUAGACUCCUAUAAUAUAUUUUAUUUGUACUAACUAUUCGUAUAUGAUUUCUUUAUAUAUUUUAUGUAUUUAUCGCUUAUUUAACAGUAAAAUACCCAUAUCGACCAGUUAUCGGUUUUUAACUAUACUAAAUUCCUCGAGUGGCAUUUUUGUGAUAUUCCCAAAAUAUGGUUUUCGUGAUUAACAAAAUUAAUGAUACAACAAAACGAUUGUUAUUUUAUAGUAACAUUAUUCUUACAUCUGAUAAGUAUUUAUGCGAAUAUUGGAAAUCCAACCAUAAAACUGUAACAAUAUGAUCUCUUUCUUUUUUAUUGAAGUUAUAGUUGAUAUUCAGAAAUAAACUAUACAGGUCUUAAUUAAAUAAUGUAGCUAUGAAAUAACAAUCUAUGGAAACAGACAAGGGGUGUGGCAAUCUAGUCAGUGUGAUCUAUUCUAAGUAUAUAAGUAAGUAUAUAAAUAAUUAUAAUCUUUAAUUUAUGUUGAAGUAUAAUAAGAAUAUAUUAUAUUUUGCUUAUAUUGUAAUUUAAGUAUGUAAAAAUAAUUUAAUUUUGUAAUAAAAAUUAGAAAAGCGAA